AAGGAAAGCGUUUCUGAAGAAGAGAAAUUUGUUAACAUCGAAUGUAGAUUUAAGUGUCAGGAAGUUGUUACUGAAAUUAUUUGUAUGGAGUGUAGCCAUGUAUGAAAGUGAAACAUGGACGAUAAAUAGUUUGGACAAGAAGAGAAUAGAAGCUUUCGAAAUGUAGUGUUAAAGAAAAAAGCUGAAGAUUAGAUUGGUAGAUCACAUAACGAAUGAGGAGCCAUUGAAUAGAAUUGGGGAGAAGAGGAGUUUGUGGCACAGCUUGACGAGAAGAAGGGACCGGUUGAGAGGACAUAUUCUGAGGCAUCAAGGGAUCACAAAUUUAACAUUGGAGGGCAGUGUGGAGGGAAAAAAUCAAAGAGGGAGACCAAGAGAUGAAUACACUAAGCAGAUUCAGAAGGAUGUAGGUUGCAGUAAGUACUAGGAGAUGAUGAAGCUUGCACAGGAUAGGGUAGCUUGGAGAGCUGCAUCAAACCUGUCUUAGGACUGAAGAUGAUCAUCAACAACAACAACAACAACAACAACACCAACAACAACAACAACGGAGGCAUAUAGCAGCCUUUUUUCCUUUCACUCUAUUUGCGAGUAGAACAAAGUAAGAGCAUAUGGACUAUCAGACCAAUUGUGUUUGGAUUGAAGAAUUCCUAGAUAACAGAAUGCAGCAUGUCAUUCUCAAUGAAGAGAAGUCUUCUGAAGUAAUAGUGAUUUCAGGAGUGCCGCAAGGAGUGUGGUAGGACUGUUGCUAUUCACAAUAUACAUAAAUGACCUUGUGGAUAACAUCGGAAGUUCACUGAGGCUUCUUGCGGAUGAUGCUGUGGUAUAUCGAGAGGUUGUAACAAUGGAAAAUUGUACUGAAAUGCAGGAGGAUCUGCAGCGAAUUGAUGCAUGGUGCAGGGAAUGGCAAUUGAAUCUCAAUGUAAACAAGUGUAAUGUGCUGCGAAUACAUAGAAAGAAAGAUCCCUUAUCAUCUAGCUACAAUAUAGCAGGUCAGCAACUAGAAGCAGUCAAUUCCAUAAAUUAUGUGGAAGUACGCAUUAGGAGUGAUUUAAAAUGGAAUGAUCAUAUAAAGUUGAUCGUCGGUAAAGCAGAUGCCAGACAGAUUCAUUGGAAGAAUCCUAAGGAAAUGCAAUACGAAAACAAAGGAAGUAGGUUACAGCACACUUGUUCGCCCACUGCUUGAAUACUGCUCAGUAGUGUGGGAUCCGUACGAGAUAGGGUUGAUAGAAGAGGUAGAGAAUAUCCAACAGAGAGCAGCGCACUUCAUUACAGGAUCAUUUAGUAAUCGCGAAAGUGUUACAAAGAUGAUGGAUAAACUCCAGUGGAAGACACUGCAGGAGAGACACUCAGUAGCUCAGUACGGGCUUUUGUUGAAGUUUCGAGAACACACCUUCAACGAGGAGUCAAGCAGUAUAUUGCUCCCUCCGACGUAUAUCUCGCGAAGAGACCAUGAGGAUAAAAUCAGAGGGAUUAGAGCCCACACAGAGGCAUACUGACAAUCCUUCUUUCCACAAACAAUACGAGACUGGAAUAGAAGGGAGAACCAAUAGAGGUACUCAAGGUACCCUCCGCCACACACCGUCAGGUGGCUUGCAGAGUAUGGAUGUAGUUGUACAAGGUACCCUCCACCAUGCACCCUUUGGUUGCUUGUGUAGUGUGUGUAUGUAUAUAUUAAAACAUGUAAGAAAAUUAAAAAAAUAUUGGUUGAAACUAACCUAAAACUUCAUGACUUAGUUGAAAUGUUUUGUUACAUACACAUUUAACUGUAUCUGAUACUCUGGUAAUCAGUGACUUGGAUCUUUAACAUUCUACAAUUUGGCGAUCUGCAUAUUGCUUAGAUCUAUUAAUAAUUCCUCUUUCAGCUCUGUUUAUCAAAAUGCCACUUAAAAAUGAACUGUAUUUUGAGAAGCUAUAUAUAGGAAGUUGUGACUGGCACAUAGCUGUUUGUUUACAGAACAAUGUUAAAACUUUAAGCAUACCGGUAACACAGAUUGGUUGCAUUAACAAUCUUAUCUGUAGCGUAGGCUGAGGUCUACAUUGGGUUGAAGGGUUGUUACUUUCAAAGGCGAAAUAAAGAUUGUGGUAACAGACAUUCGUGAGGUAUUGCCUCGUAUUUUGUUUGCGCCAUAUGUAAAUGCACUUUUCCAUAUCUAACGCAGUUUUCAUAAUAAAAAUUAAAACUACUUGAGCAUUACCGAAAAGAUAUCUUACACAACGAACAAGCAUCCGAAGUGUGUUUUGAUGCAUAUUACGUGCAUAUAUCGUACACAAACCGGAAAAAUGGAAGUGGCGUUCCGCUACGUAACUUUUACCCAUUUCUGAUCGGUCUUUUCGCAUUUGCUAUCGCUGGUAUGGAUGCAAAGACAAAUUGGUAGUAAGUAUUGCAACUUCUGAGUGGUAGUUACAUUAAUAAGCUCCACUUAACAUGUUAAAAAAUAUAUAGACAUUUUGUGCUGAAGGCGUAGUAAUAUGUAUUAUGCUGUAAAUCACUCUGCCAUCCAACUAAUAAUUCGUAAUCAAUUGGUUUCAAUCCAUCACGUGCACACUAAUCGGUAACUCUGACUACACUGCGGGUUAGUAUGUCACCAUACUCGAGAUUAUUCGCAUUCGAACCUUGUUUCUACAUUUAAUUCUCAUAUCGAAAGCUUCAUCCAAGCAAUCUAUAUCGACUUGACGUUCCACAAUAACAGCUGUGGGCAUGUCUGUAUACACGCUUCGGUCAACACAUCAGGUUCACGGGAUGAAUUUUUCGCCGGUCACGGCCAUCACGUGACUGUUACUUAUGUCAAUAGAGCUGCAUACAGGUUCGGUCUCCAGACGGCGUUGGCACGCUUUCGGCGCUUCUGACGACGUCGUGAAACAAUUCACCCGGGCUCGCGAGACGCACUUUCCAAAGAGAGAGGCAGCCUCACUGCUUUGAAUAUCUUUAUGGAGAUCAUUGCAUGGAUCCAUAGGAGUCUCCGGUUAAAGUUGGCAGGACUGUAUACUCUGUGUUGCCGCGCUUUUUAGCAUUCAAGCGUUGUUUGUUGAAGGCGUUUUGACGUGUUGGUACCGUGCACGUGUAGUAGGAGAACAGUAAAAAUGUUCGUGAAAGUUAGAGGCCCUGAUUGUCAAAGAGUGGAAAUAAUAACCAUCACAUUGUUGAUGCCUGUCAAAGAGUUGAAAGAAAAAGUCGGCAAACUCUUUGACGUGGAGCCAGCUAAACAGCGUCUUAUCUAUCGCGGGAAGCAAUUGGAGGACGAAUACAAACUGUUCGAUUAUGGCGUUCAAAUGAAUGAAGUGCUGCAAUUAAUUGUAAAACAAAAUGUGACUCAGAAGGAAGAGGAUAAAGAAAUUCAGGAGCCACCGCUCAGUACAGAGAAACGUCUGAAGAAUCUGCCCAAAGUAUCAGAGACAAAGCAUUUUAAGGUUGGCGAAUAUGUUGACUUUGUGGAUACCUUGAUUGGAGCGUGGUUCCAAGGCAAGAUUAAAAAUAUCUAUGUGGAGAACCAGGCACGUUUUGAUGCUUUCAGCAAUGAAGUAGACCCUCCCACUCACAAAAAUGGUAUUUUCAAAGAUAAAAGUACUGCCGACAAAGGCUCGGGUACAUUUAAGAAGGAUUCUAAAGAGGAAACGUCAGAUGAAGAAAUAUACGAAACAGAUAGUGGUCGUUGUAGUAGCCUCGGGAUGGAAGAGAAUGGAACGAAAGGUAAAGAGGCCGCAGGGAAUACACGUGAGUCGAAAGGAACAGUGCAAGGAGAGUUGCAGGAUAGUGCUCCCAAUGCCUCCCCUGAGAAAACAAAUGCGGCGAGUGACACUGAACAUUCUGAAAGUGGGGACAGUGGACACUCCUCUCAUACGUCAGUUAAGAAAACAUCACAAAGGAAUGGAGACGCCAUGUCCAAGGGAGCUCCGGGUGAUGAAACUAGGCUGGAUGAUGGCUGUGUAUACGAGAUAACCAACCUCAAUCACGUCGAUGAAGCAGAAAUGUUGAGCAAGCUCUCAGAAAUUCGCCCGAUGUCGCAAAAGCUUUUGAAAUUUGCAGAUGUUAAAGUGGGACAGACAGUUCUGGUUAACUACAAUGAUAGUGAGCCAGAUAAACUAGGUCACUGGUUUGACCUCAAAGUUUCAAAGGUUGCAAAUGGCAGAAUGAAGAAGUGGCUUGAAGGUGAACUUCGCAUACAUAGUCGGAGUGGAUGUCAACUGAAUAAUGUGAAGAUUAAUAAUGUUGAAAAGAUAUGGGUCACUGAAAAACUGGAACUGCUGAAAGACAGAAAAGAUUUUUCUGAUCUGGAGUCUAUACAGAAACGCCCUGUUCCUGCACUCUGUGACAAGUGCAAUGACAAUCCUCUCAAGAGGUGUAAAUCGUGCAGUUGUCAAGUAUGUGGGAAGAAAAAUGAGCCGUCCAAGCAAAUCAUGUGUGAUGAAUGUGAUUCACCGUAUCACAUAUGGUGCCUUACACCUCCUCUGGAAGAAAUCCCAGAUGUGGAUGAAUGGUUCUGUCCCGAUUGCAAAAAUGAUGAAAAUGAAAUCGUCAGAGCUGGACAUAAGCUCAAAGCUAGCAAGAAGAAGGAAAAUUCGGUCUGGGUGAAAAGUGGUUACACUAAAUGGGGCAAGGGGAUGGCAAAUGUUGGGCUCUCCAAAAGAUGUACCAUAGUGCCGCCUCACCACUUUGGACCCAUACCGGGUGUGGAAGUAGGAACAUGCUGGAAGUUCCGGAUACAGGCGUCUGAAGCUGGAGUUCACAGACCGCCUGUCAGUGGUAUUCAUGGACGCGAGGACGUGGGUGCCUUCAGCAUUGUACUGAGUGGAGGAUACGAAGAUGAUGAGGAUUUUGGAGAUAGCUUUUGGUACACCGGUGCUGGCGGUAGAGAUUUGUCCGGCAAUAAACGUACUUCUGUGCAGUCAUCAGACCAGCUGCUCACAAAUACUAACAAGGCUCUUGCCGUUAACUGUGCAGCUCCGUUGAAUGAAAAGGGGGCUAAAGCUGACGAUUGGAAGAAGGGAAAACCGGUGCGCGUCAUUCGAAGCUACAAAUUCCGGAAGCACUCUAAGUUUGCUCCAGAGGAUGGGUUGAGGUACGACGGCAUCUACAAAGUCGCGGAAUAUCGCCCAGAAAAAGGGCAAUCUGGUUUCAUCGUAUGGCGAUACUUCCUGCGUCGGGACGACCCAACACCGGCCCCGUGGACGGCAGCUGGAAAGAAAUUAAUAGCAUCUCUUGGCCUUCAACUUGAGGUGCCAGAAAACUACGAUGUAGCGCUCGCAAAGAAAUCUGGAGAUAAGCCGAAGAAAACAGCCAAACGUAAAAUAAGCAAUGGAAAUGAAAUAAACUUUUUCACAAAAAAGGUGAAAGCUGAGCCGUAUGUGAUCGAUGCAAAAAUCCAAAAAAUUAUUGCCAAAGACAAGCAAAACACAAAGCUGUGGGAAACCUGCAGUUCUUCACUUCAAGAUGGCAAAAAGAAAUAUCUCGAUGCUGUUAUGGAAAAUUUUUCUUGCAUAUGUUGCCAAGAAUUGUUGUAUCGACCCAUUACCACGCCUUGUAAUCACAAUUUCUGUUUGGAUUGUAUGCAGAGAGCUUUCAAAGCAGAAGUCUAUACUUGCCCUACAUGCAGGGAAGACUUGACCAAAAAAUUCCAGUUUGUUGUGAACGAACAUUUAUUUGGUGUCCUGAAGGCAUUCUUUCCUGGCUACGAAGAGGGCCGCAAAUAAAUUGCUGAAAAAUACUCUCUCCACAGUGUGAAUUUUAGCCCAGAUAUAUUGUUUGUAAAGAUAUUUACUCAAAUGUAAGAAAGACUUGUAUUAUACUUGAUACUAAUAUCAUGCAUCCAAUUCGUGCAUCUUUUUACCAUUUUUAUUACAAUCUUGUAUUGUUUUAAGUGUUCAAGUGUAAUUGUCAAGGGGCCGUGAGCAGUGCAAAAAAUCAAAUUUAAAAAGUCAUUGUAGAUUAUACAGACUUUAUGAUUUUUUUCUGAUCAAAUAGGCUUAGAACAUUAUUUGCCUGUGAUCUGUGUUUUUGAUAAUGAAUUUUUACAGAUCUGUCAAGCUAGAACAUUUACCAAGUGCAAAAUAUUUCUUUCUUGUGUUUCUAUAUUGUUGUUACAGAGAUUUUUAGCUUCUAGUAUUUCUAAUGAUGCAACCUCAGUUGUAGUAGUUUUUAAUGGAUUUUUAUGCCGUGUAGCCUAUGCCAUAAAUUUUAUUGGCAAGUACAUAACUGUCUGCUGUGCAGCUUAGCUGUGGCUGACCUGUGUGCAUAUCAAAAUUUCAUGCUUUACUCUGCAAUGGCUCUGCUACAGCUGCCUGUGCAGAACAUUAUCUCUUGUUACCAGUACCCCACUUUUUUUUUGUUUUAUGGUUGGUUUUGUGACACAUGUUAGGGACUGUAGCUGUUAAUCUUUGCUUAGCACAGCUGUACUCCUGUGCAAACUUAUUUUAUUGUUAGUUACAUAUAGAAUAGUGUCUAUUCUGUGGUUAAUAUCCUGUUGGACCAUGCUUUGUUCCUUUGUUGGUGGUUCUUUAUUAAAUUUGUACAUUUUAAUUGUAAUUGUUUGAAUAACAGUUAUUCUUCAAUUCAAAUUGUUGUUGUAAUGGCUCAAAUUCUUCGGAACUGUGAAAGAUUUCAGUAUAUAUUCUGUUGUUUAAAACUUUCAGUCUUUUAAUUUUGGAGUUGAUCAAAAUUUUACUUAGGGAUAAGAAUGAAGAUUUCCAUUGUUACUGUUUAUGCUUAUGUUGUUACAUAUGUCUUCUCCACAAUAGUGAAUCAGCCUUUUACUUGGGUACUACAUGAUGGAGUUUUGUUAACUGUGACUCAGACUCGAGCACUCUCAUCUGUCUCUGCCACAUAAUUUUUCUUGCUGUAGUGUAAAUAGAAAUUUAUCUUUUUACAAUAGGCACAGUAAAAAGAUUCACACAAUCAUAGCUUUCAGCCAUUAAGGCCUUUGUCAACAGUACACACACACACACACACACACACACACACACACACACGUCUGCAGUCUGAGAGCUGAAACUACACAGUGUAGUUUCAGCUCUCUGAGACUGCAGACAUGAGUGCAAGUUGCAUUUGCAUGUAUAUGUGUGUCUACUGCUGACAAAGGCCUUAAUGACCGAAAGCUAUGAUUGUGUGAAUCUUUUUAUUGUGCCUAUCGCGACUCAGCAUCUCCGCUAUAUGGUGAGUAGCAACUUUCCUUCUCUGGUAUUGUUAGAUUCCCUCCUGGAUUUUCCACUGUUCUAUUUAAUUUUUCUUUCCGUCACAUGUGAAGAUGACGUGGCUGUUUUCGAAUAACAGACAACACUUGUAAUUCAUCUCCUAUUGUACAUUCAUUUUUUUCUUUUGCUUCCUCUUGGUUAUCUCAGAAACUGAGAUUGUGGAAAUGCAAAAUCUUUUCUCUCAGUGUAUUUUUACUAAUAUGAGCAGUAUAGUAUUUAUUUCAUACUGUAUAGAUUUGCCCAUUCGAUUGACAACAACAAUUCCCCCCCCCCCCCCCCUCCAAAAUUGGCUUGUUGACUGGAUAAGAGACAAUUGAAGUAGCAUCAAAUGUACUUCAUCGCUCCCAUUGCAUCCAAAGCUCUUCAUAUAUGGUCCUAUGAAACAAAAAAAUGUUAAAUCAUUUUCAUGCUUUGCUUUAUUUAUAAUAUGCAGCCAUUUGUGUAGUUCAUUAGCUUUAGGAUGUGUUGUGUUAAAUGACAAAAACAAUUGUAUUUUAUACUUGGUAUUUUAGUAUCUUAAGAGUUAUUUGGUGCACAUAUUUUACAACAGAGAAAUUCAGGGUUUUAGAUAAAUACCACGUGAAAAGAGUCACAAGGUUUUAUUUCUUAUUUAUUUUUCAUUUAUUUUUGUUGUACCUGUAUUCCACUUCAUGGGUUGAAAUGUAUGAAUAGUUUUGCAGCAGUAAUCUGCACCUGGUGAACAUUCUCGAUUAUCAGCCAUUUGCUGGAUUCAGAUCUUUUCCAUGAAUUCCAGUACGCAACUAUUUGCAUCCAUGUUGCUCUUGCAUUAUUUCUUGGAAUCCAGUGAGACAUUUCCUUGGUCCAUGUACUAUAUUGUGGUCUUUGCUACAUAUGCUCCCCAUUUCUAUUUCAUUCUCAUUCAUAGUUGUUAAUAUGUCUCCUGGUUUGUAUCUUGAUCCGUUUGUCAUUUAGUAAUUCCCAAAACUUGUAAUACAUGCCACAUGUGGAACACACAUGUUUAGCAUGUUCCUUCUGGUUUAAAUUACCACUGGCACUCCAGGCCUUUUGUACUUUAUAAGUUUAUUUCUGUUGUUACCUGUUAAUUUAUAAUCAUCUGUCCAUAAAAAAUUUCUGCUGUUUUUGUGGUAGUAUUAUGAAUUUGUUUUAUUUUAAUUGCAGUAUGUUGAUCAUUGUUUCAGUCUACUUUCUAUUUGAUUUCUUCUGAAAGAAUUUGUUGAGGUAUCAUAUCCAUAGUUGAAAAAAUCAUUCAAUAGUACUUCUAUUACCUUAAGCUUUAAAAUGCCCUAAUAUUAUUUUGCUGUGGGACUUGCUGCCAUUCAUCACAUUUUCUGCCUCCUCAAUGUAAACAUGGUGGUGUGUGCACUUGAAUGAAUUUUCCUAUUUGCGUACAUACCUUAUGUAAAUUGUCGCUUUCAUAUGUCUCCAUAUAAUUGUUUAUUUUUCGAGAUAAGGUCUUCAUUCAGUGUAACCUGGUAUGCCUCCAUAUUUCUAAAUUCUCAUAGUCUAAAUUUCUAAUUCCCUUCCUGAUAGCUCACUUAAUCUGAUUCUACUCUGAAAUAUUUUGUUUAUUUUUAGAACUAGCUGUGUAGAGAUUUCCUUAAUAGCUAUAUCAUUGCCUUUACUUUUCUUGUUCACAAUAAAGCAGUCAUUUUAAUUUCCACCCAGCUGCAUUUCUCUGUAAUAAAAAUGUUCUUAUCUUUAUAACUCUUAUCUGAUCUUCACUUUAUCAGUACUUCUGAUAACUUCACUAUGUCGCAUUUGAUCUUACUUUAUUUCUGUAAUUUAUCUUUGACUAUGAAGUUCUGCAAUUGACUGAUGCUAUAGUCUUUGCAAUACUUUUUUAAUGAUGUGUGCCAAAAAUGAAAUCAUUGAGCUAAAUUGAGAAUAUUAAGAUUUAAGAUGAAAAUUAACCUGCAAAAUGAGGAGUGUCUACUUAAUAAUUGCAUA